CCCUGGUUACCAAAGCAACACUUGGUACAUGAGGAAACGUUCGUUUCGUCGUUCAUUUCGAACACUUUUCCCUCGAAUGGAGCAUGUUCAUAUAUCGUCACUCUGCUCCAGAUCGUUGCGAAUCCAUGGACAACAAUGGCUGAACACAGACAAACGACAUGCAGAUUUCCCAUCCACAAGACGGGUCUGUCGAAAUAUGUUAUGAGAACAUCAGCAGCAGCAAAACAAUGGACGCGGAGGAGCAAAAGGCAUGUCUUGGAGAAAAGCCUGUGUCUACAGCAAACAACGUUUUAGAGGAAAAUUUCAUUACCCAGCUGCAGAAAAACAGAAUCACAGAUGCUUGUCGAAGCGCCCACCAGCUAAAUAAAGCCAGCGAUCUAGAUCUUCAAGUCACUGAGAGGAGCCAAACUGCCCCUGGCAGGGUUCAAAGGAAGCGAUGGGAAUAUCCCAGAUUCCCAAUGGAAGAGGGAGUCUGUUUGCCGUUGUGGUACCGCAGUGGUGGGCAAGCGGCAAAGGAGUCCGAUGAAGAAUGGGUGGAAGAGCUGACUGAAAAGGAGGAAAACAUCGAGGGUCUUGAUGAGCUGGGGCUGCCUUUUGUUUCCCCAAAAUCUGCACCCACAACUGGCCAUAAAAUCGAUCUGUCCGUUUCUGCAAGGGAAAAGGUUACCGGUAAACCCAGGAUGCCGACGUUGGUGAAGAGCAAAAGAGGUCCGAGGAGACGAGAGCUGCCAAUUGUAAGAAGAACUUCCUUUGAGGAACCAAAUCCAGAGGAGCUGGUCUUCAGGGUACGCCAAGCCCGAGAAAACUUUGUGGUUCAGAAUCCAGACACCUUCAACAUCAAGAGGGACCGAGAGUAUCCAGUGGUUGAUGAUUUUCGUCACGGCAGUGAGAAAGACGAGAAUGGAAUCACCUUGGCUAUGCAGAGAAUUACACAUAUCAACUCCAGGGAACACAAGAGGCCACAGAAAGCCCCAGAGAAUCCAGUCAACAAAAACCAAAGCAAACAGUUGAGAAAGAAAUCCUCCUCUGAAAUCACUCCUGCUCUCUAUGUGACGAUGGAGAUCCUGUCCAACUGGGGAGAUCCCUUGUAUGUGGGGCUUACUGAGUUGCAGUUUUUCAGCCACCGAAACAAAGAACUGUACGUCUCACCUCAUGACAUAGACAUCAGGAACGCAGACUGUCCAGGGAACCUGGGAGCUCUCGUAAACGGGAAGGAGAAAACUACAAAUGGAUGGAAUAUGUGGACCUGUGCAUUUCACCCUCCAGUUCAGCUGUACUUCAUCAUCAGGAAUGUGGAGCGUUGUGAAGACUUUGGAAUAUCCCACAUCAAAAUCUGGAACUACAACAGAAGCCUUAACGAGCUUGACAUUGGUGCUCGACAUGUGAAGCUCUACCUCAACAGCACUUUGGUAUUUGAAGGCGAAUUGAAGAAAGGCUGCGGCAACAAUGUCUCUGACUGCAGCACCGCCAUCGAUCUGCAGGAUUUCCAGGUGCCAGAAUCAGUCUUCUCCAGCCCAGUGUCCUCUGGAUAUAACCUGGGGGGGACCAGCCCACAGCAGAGCAAUGACGGGGCAUGGGAAAAUGAUGGCCUGCGAAAACACAUCUCAUCAGUGAGGGAGCCUGACAAGACCAACGUGACGAUGUUAGACAUGCAGGAGAACUCUCAUGUUCAACUGCCACCCAUCGCUUCCUCACCUGCUCAGCCAUCAAAUCGCCGCUAUCCAAGUCAAAGGAACUCAUUCGACCUGUCAUCUACGGCGGAGUACACUUCUGCCAGGCAACAGGAGGAGCAGGCGGUUACAAUGCAGCCUUCCUCAUCGCGUGUAGCCCCCCAGUGGCUGCAGCCUCUAAACAGGGGGGCUCCAGAUGGCAGUGAGGCGAGUAGGGAGAGGCCUCUGUGGCUCGUUCCUCAGCAGUCUACAGAGCCAAAAUCCCCCUCAGCCUCGUCUUUGCUGCCUGAGCUUUCAUGUAAUCCAGGUCAAGUGUGCAGAGCCCGACAAGGGGCUCCACAGAAUGCUGAAUCUUCAGACAGGAACUGCGACCUCCUGGAGGAGCAUAGACACCGGCCUGUGAGUGGACGCAGGAGCUCUUUCCGAAACAGACAGUCAGAGGAGCAACCGACUAGAGUUCCAGCACCGUCAAGCUCGGAUGAGCCGCUGUCUUUGGUCAGCACCUCCAGGAGACAGGGCGCCUUCGCAGCGAAGCUGCACGAUGACCCUCUCAUUGAGUCCUGGGACUCCCUAACUAAGUUUAACCAAAGUCAGCGUGGACGCAUCUCCAACAUGGCCUUUGAAGGGGACAUCUUUGACGAGUUCCUUCAGCGACAGGGCCGUGGCCCUCCCUCCGGCUCAGUCAACACAUCUGCAGCACCGCGUAGCCCUCUUUCUUCUGUCAACACUCAGCCUGCGUUAUGUGAGAACCCUGAUAGUUCUGUCAUGGAGCGGGAUGAGGAGUUUGAGAUCCCAGUGCUUCCACAGGGUCAGAGAUUAAUCAUUAAUAUCAUGUCCACCUGGGGCGACCGCCACUAUGUGGGUCUGAACGGCCUGGAGGUCUUCAGCUCCAGUGGCGAGCCUCUGUGUCCAGCUCACAUUGUUGCCGAUCCCCCUGACAUAAACAUUCUCCCUGCUUAUGGCAAAGAUCCACGUGUCGUCACCAACUUAAUUGAUGGAGUGAAUCGCACCCAAGAUGACAUGCACCUUUGGUUAGCACCUUUCACGCCGGGCCGGAACCACACCAUUUUCCUCGACUUUGGAGAUCUCUACCAGGUGGCCAUGAUCCGUGUGUGGAACUACAACAAGUCACGUAUCCACUCCUUUAGAGGGGUGAAGGAAGUGGAGAUGCUGUUAGAUGGCCGAUGCAUCUUCAAGGGGGAAAUUGCAAAAGCUUCAGGGACACUUUCUGGAGGUCUAGAUCAGUUUGGGGACACAAUCCUGUUCACCACUGAUGAUGAAAUCUUGGAGGCAAUGUCUCAUUAUGAUGAAACCUUCCUUUGCGAAGGGGAACAGUCUGAGGGUCUGGUUUAUGAGGAGGAGCUGCAGCGACCGUGCACGGCAGAUGGAGAUGAAAGACCCUUCACACAAGCUGGCUUCAGAGAGGAAGACCUUGCUUUGAAACUUCAACUCAACCCUGCACAAAGUGAAGCAGAGCAGCAUAUUCCUGGGAUGUUCACUGGAAAGUGCCUUCGACUGGAGCUCAUGUUGACAUGGGGCGACUCUCACUACAUGGGCCUGACUGGUUUGGAGGUCGUUGGGAAGGAUGGUGAGGCUGUAUCACUGGACCUUAGCAUUGUGACUGCCUCACCCAGGGACCUCAACGACCUGCCGGAAUAUGCAACUGACCAGCGCACCCUUGAUAAGCUCAUUGAUGGGCAAAACAUCACUACUGAUGACACCCACAUGUGGAUGAUCCCUUUCUCCUAUGGAGAGACGCACACCCUGACCUUUAACUUCAACCAAGCCCAGACUAUUGCUGGACUCCGGAUCUGGAACUACAAUAAGUCCCCUGAAGAUUCCUACAGAGGGGUAAAGAUGAUCCAUGUGUUCUUGGAUGACGUCGCCAUCUCCCCAUCAGAAGGGUUUCUGAUCAGAAAAGGCCCUGGCAACUGUCAUUUUGACUUUGCCCAGGAGCUUCUUUUUGUAGACUUCAUGCCGCCACCUGCCGUCUCCAAAACGGCUGAAGACUACAUCAACAACUCUACCAAUCCAGAGCAGGCCAGCAUGGACUACGAAACGCCAUCCAUGCUCCGUGGAUUUAUAUUUCAGCUGCAGCUGCUGACAACAUGGGGCGACCCGUACUACAUCGGUCUCAAUGGCCUCGAGUUUUACAACCAGAGUAACGAGAAGAUCCAUCUCAAUGACAACAACAUUGCUGCUUUUCCAGACAGUGUCAACGUCCUGGACAAUGUCAGUGGUGACGUGAGAACUCCAGAUAAGCUAAUAGACGGUGUCAACAGCACGCAUGAUGGACGACACAUGUGGCUUGCACCAGUGCUACCUGGACUUGUGAACCGUGUGUAUGUCAUCUUCGAUCAGCCGGUGAUCGUGUCGAUGAUUAAACUGUGGAACUACUCCAAGACGCCCCAGAGAGGAGUGAAGGAGUUUGGGCUGCUAGUGGACGACCUGCUGGUGUACAAUGGCAUCUUGGAUUGUGUAGGUCACACGCCUCGUGGUAUUCUGCCGACCUGUGAGCCGCAGGUGCCGUACCACACCAUCCUGUUCACUGACAGCUCCUAUAUCACACACAGUGAGCGGCGCAAUGUCAUCAGCCCCCGAGACAGCAGACGUCACCAGCACAGCUACGAAGAAGAUCAAGAUGUGAAGAUGACCAACGAGAACCAGAUCGUUCACCACAGCAAGUCCAGGCAGACAGCUGAUCCUGCCCUCCGACCCAAGACCUGCAUGACGGACGGCGGCAAAUACGGGAAGAGGAGAUACUGAGCCUGACAUUCAUCAUGCACAACUGCAAGUGUUUAUCCAAAGCCCACUGGUUGUCCACUUGCUCCACCCACAGUGCCAGGGUCGACCUGUACCAGCGGAACUGCUGUGCCUCAGACUUUACCUGCUGCUACAUGUGCUGCAUAUCUCAAUGAGCUGUAAAUACACAAGGUCAUGUGACAACACCCUCCAGUUUGUAGCCACUUAUUAGCCUGAAAAAUCAGCUCCUUGCCAAAUGGGUGGAGAACUGGCUCCUGCCGAUCAGCAGGUACACUAUGCACUCAGUAAUAGAUUUACACUCAGUUACACUUUCUUUCUGCUGUUUAAUAUAGAGCGUUGCACCUAUGUUUAUGACUGAGUAUUGUGACAUUAGACGUGCAGUCCCUUUGUACAAGUGGGAUAACUGAGCUUCCCAUGGUUUAUGCUAAUAUGUUUAGCUCCGUAAGAUUAGAUUCAAGUUUUUCCUACUCUGCUGAACAUCAGGUGGAAAUCAAACUUGACUUCUAAGUGACCUUUAAUAGAGUUGCAUGUGCUGUCAGAGAGUUUAAAUCAGAUUUCACCUCAUGUCAUCUCAUUGGAGUUCCGUCCUCCAUCCCAUAAUAUCCCAUAAUAUCCCUUACAACAUCCCACAGUACUUUCAUCUUCUGUACAUUUCAGUGUCACUCACGGUCCAGACCCUUUUAGACACGACUCUCUUGAACAUGUUCACCAUCACUUCUGCACAAAUACUGAACUCAGUGACUUUAGUGAAUCAAUGUAAAGUUGUUUUUUUAUUACUUCUAUUGUUGAGAUCAGUAAUUAUCUCAUAAAGUAUUACAUUGCAGACUGAAUGUUCUUUUUUUAAAAGUACCCAAGACACCCGCUAAUAACUGAUUUUAUGGCUAGAUUUAUUCAUUGGCAAAAUGAAACACUUUGCUUCAUAAUAAGAAGCUAAUAAGUAAUUUCAGAUCAAUUUCCUAUCUAUAAAAACUUAUCACGCUCAGUAACUACAUCUGAAUAGCGUUUUGUAAAUGAACAUUUUAUUAGUCUGGUGACCAUUGUCAGUCUCACCAUCAGUGAUGUGAAUAUGAAAUAAUCAACAACGUAAUGGCACAUUUCAUAUAUUUCAAAGUUCAUAUUAGUGCUGUCAGUAGUUACACCGUCUACCUCUUCUGCUUCUUAAGUCGUCCCUAUGUAAUGUGACUACACAUGUAAAAUCAAUAGAAAAUAUCUCAUUUCAGUUUAUACACAUUCACUUGUUCAAUCAUCAGAAUUGCACAAUAGAUUUUGCUAUUUUGUAAAAAAUCUUUUCACACAUACCAUUUCAUCUGUAUUUCCUGAUCAGAUACAAUAUUAACUUUUAUAUAUUCAUAAUCACAAGUGUUUAUUACAGAUGUAUGAUUCUAUGUUUGUAUCGAUUUUAGUCAUUCUUUAAAUUCUUGAAGGACAAUAUGAGGUGGUUUGGGAAGCUAAACUGAUAUGACCAUCUGCAUGUUCUAAACUAUUAACAUAAUAUUGUACUCAUCAUUUUUCACACCAGACACUGUCCUGUCAUAUUUUUCCAUUCAAAAACGAGAUGGGCAACUUUGCAUGUGUAUACAGACACUUAUCUAACCACAAAUUGAGAAUGACUUUAUUGUGAUUUACCACAACACUUGAUGUCUUACUACUUGUGUCAUCCACAUGUACCCCAAAUAUAAUCUCACAAUGUGUUCAAGUUCACCCUGCAAGGGGAGGUUUUGGUGUGGUGGCUGUUUUUGGUUGUGUUUGAAAAUAUCAAAUUAUUUUUCUAUUCUUGGUUUAAUCUGUUGUAGAAUUAUUAAACUUGAAGAUCAAAGUUUCACGAUGGUUACCUUCUACACUCACAUCAAACAAGUGCAUUUUUAAUAACUCAUUAAUGCUUUGCAAAAAUGAAGACUCCAAAAAGCAGUACUUUUAAAUAUAUUUUAAUGCAGCUUCUGCUGUACAUGAAUGAGGAAUGAAUCGGUUACAGCACAUUUAUGACUCUGACGGCUCACACCUGUCAGAUUUUUCCGGGAAAGGUUCCGUCUUCUCUUUGGUCAUCCCAUUUUUGAAUCUGUCGGGAAAAUAUCAGAACCAAUUGUAUGCACGGACCGAUCUGUGGUAAACACUGCUCUGUGAUCAUUUACCCAGGAGACAGGGCAGAUGGAUUUGUAGACCCUCUUGUACCAGUCACAUGGGGCGUUGUCCACCCCUUUGGCAUCCAGAGCUUUUUGGCAGCGGUGAUAGUCUAUUAAUAGAAGUGAAACAAUAGUUAAUAUCAUGUGAACCAAUGGGUCUUUUCACUGCAGCGGAGACCUAAACUCACCCAGGUAGUUGGACCAGCAGUUCCUAGUUUGAUUUUGGUUGGGGAACCUGGCGUCAAAGGGAGCCGUGCGAUAGUUGUCAAGUUUGGCCUUAAUAUCGUCAGCCAUCUUCUUUUACUCUGUCAAGAAACAGCCGUUAGUUCUAAGUCUGUCAAGCGGUAAGAGACAAUUGCUGCGGCUUGGAUGGAGUAGAUGAUGGUGACAGGACCGACCUGAAUAUCCAGUCAUCUUGAUGUGGAGUUUCUAAAUGGCAGAAAUAACCUAUCUAACCUAUGUGGCUAUUUAAGCACCAACAGCUUUGGUGUUUGAAGUCACAAAGACAUUAUUUGUAGUGAUAAAGCCCAGUUUACACAAUUACAAUUUAAAACCAUAAGAAUCAGGGGGGAAUCGAGUUGAAUCUUGGAUGUUAAUUUUACUGAAUUAUACAUCUAACUGAUACAAGUCAGUCAUAAAUACUACAUUUUUUUUAAACUUUUUUUUUUUCUCAAGUAUAUAAUAUAUCAAUAUAUUAUAUGUACAAUACAUACAAACUCAAACAAGCCCAGUAUUUAUCAAAAUGAUGAUAAUAGAAAUGGUGAAAACACACUCUUCAUACUCAUUCAGCUUUUAUCAAUAGAUUUGGUUGAAUUCAACAAACACGAAUCAGCCACCAUAACAGGAAAUAUACUCACCGAACAACACAUAGCAUGAGCAUAUUUGUAACUUUCAAUUUCACUGCAACCUGUCUGCGCUUUCUGUCCUUAAUAAAUAAUCUUUCAUG